AUGACAACCCAAACGCCCAAUGACGCGCUGAGCGCCCGAAACGCCGCGGCCUUGGACGCAGGCACGCUGGUCAAUAUGCGGCCGCGUCCCACGUGGUACGGCAAUAUCAUGCGGUUCUGCCGCAGCAAACCCCUGGGAGGCAUCAGCGCCGCCAUAAUUAUCCUGACCCUGGUGGCCGCCGUCCUGGCGCCGGUGAUAGUUCCCCACGAUCCGCUGGACCUGGUUCACGACCCCUUUGUGUCCCCUUCGUCCAUUGCCUGGUUGGGCUCCGAUGACCUCGGCCGCGAUGUUUUCAGCCGGAUAAUCGCCGGAGCGCGCAUCUCAAUGUACGUUGGCGUCAUGAGCGUGCUCAUCGGCAUCACUAUCGGGACCGCCGUUGGCAUCCUGAGCGCCUACGUCGGCGGCGUGCUGGACCUGAUCAUUCAGCGUGUUGUGGACGCGCUGAUGGCGUUCCCGGCGAUCAUCAUGGCGCUGGGGCUGAUGGCGGCGCUUGGAGCGUCGGUCCUCAGCAUCAAGGAACUGGACUACACGCUAGCGGCGCAGGCCAUCGGAGCGCGGCCGUGGCGGAUCAUGAUCAAGCAUAUUCUGCCCAACGUGACCGCCAGUUACAUCGUGCUGAGUACGAUCACCCUCGGUCUGGCCAUCGUUAUCGAAGCGUCGCUCAGCUUCCUGGGCGUUGGAGUGCCGCCGGACGUGCCCACCUGGGGCGGGAUGCUCACCGAAGGCGCGUCGCAAUACAUCCGCAACGCCCCGUGGCUGGCGGUCUUCCCCGGCCUGGCGAUUUCCGUCAUUGUGUUCUCCAUCAACUUCCUGGGCGACGCCUUGCGCGACACUCUCGAUCCCCGUUUGCGCGGUCGGUAG